CUGCUGAACAGCCAACAACUGCGACAUUAGGUGACAUAUAGGCGCACACGUGCAGUCAUGGCAAGAACAAUGACCCGCUGGUUUUGGUGUUUGCUGUGCGUGAUUUUACAUCUCAGGAACGUCCAUUCUAAAGUCGGUUUGUGCGAGGUGGAAGGAGGACAAUCGAACAUCAUCCUCGAUAUUGAAGAAAGCAGAGGAAAUGCGAUCGAUCAGAAGACUGUGCCGGAAGAGCUUCCGGUGUCCGGCGAUCCUUAUAACGAGACUAUGCUGGAGCUCCUCUUUCCUGGAAAAGAGAUCCCUCUUUUUAAAUUGAACGGCAAAAAACUUCAGCUUCUCAAGCCAUUGGACAGAGACGACGAAAAUCUCUCACAUGUGGUUUUUCAGUUGAGCUGCACGGUGAAGUUGACCAACAAAAAGCGGAAUAUCCCGAUGAUAGUGAGAGUGUCCGACGUCAACGAUAAUGCGCCAAAAUUCAUUAACACGCCCUAUGAGACCACUGUGCCGGAGCUCACUCCGGUUGGUUCGACGAUCUUCAAGAACGUCGACGCAAAGGAUGCCGACGCCGGUGUCAAUGGUAUCGUCGAGUACUCGAUUGCACCUGGCGACGGCAGUAGAAUUGGUAGCAACGAGGGUGUUGGACGCAACAGGAUCACCACCGUCGACGGAUACGGCUAUUUCAGCAUCAACCUGCCGCACCAGGGACAGGUCACAGUCAAUCGAACACUCGACUAUGAAAGGACUCAGCGUUAUCUCGUCACCAUCUUGGCAUCGGAUCGGGCGAGGAACGUCUCCGAGAGAUUCACAUCCACGACCACGUUGACGGUGAAUAUACGAGACGAUGAUGAUCAAGAUCCAUCCUUUAUUUAUCAAGGCUGUAUGCUUUUGGAUGGCGCUUGCAUCAAUCCAGAAUACUCCGCGUCGGUUUCGAGCGGAGUACUAUCUGGCAUACUCAAUAUCUCACCUGAGAAAAUACAAGCGGUCGACAUGGACAGCAUAAACGCGCCGAUUCACUAUUCUUUCCUCAGCGGAAAUCCGCCGAAUUAUCGGGAUUUCUUCGAAAUCAAUCCUAAUACCGGAGCGGUGAAGCAAAUCAAAGCCGUCGACACGACGGUAACCAAGAAGUUCGAUAUUAUUAUUAAGGCGGUUGAAGUGUCGGAAACGAAGCGGUCUGCUACCGCUAAAUUAGCAAUCACCGUCAAGCCGGUCGACAGUAAUCCACCCGUUAUAACGGCGUCAAACAUCGAAGGUUUCGUCGAUGAGAAUGCUCCUAUCGGCACAAAGGUCAUCGAUGAAAGCGGGAAUCCCAUUGUGCUCACCGUGUCGGAUGCUGAUCUGGGACCAGACGAUCCAAAACCGGCGUAUACUUUCGAACUGACCACAAAUUUCUUUGCGAUCGAUUCGUCCGGUGUUCUUGUCGUGAACGAGGAGAAUUUGGACCGAGAUCCUCCGAGUCCCGGCCGCUUUCGGUUCCAGGUUGUCGCCCGGGAGAAAACGGGUGUGGCUGCGUCGUCACCUCUAUCGUUUGUCGUAACGUUGAACGAUGUUAACGACAAUGCGCCUCUGCUUCCGAUGAUGGCUCCCAUCACCGUUCAAGCGGGAGAGACGAAGAGACAAAUAGCAAAGGUGGAAGCCACGGACAACGACGAGGGUGAAAAUGCUGAGAUAACGUACAGUAUUUAUCACGUGUCAAACAACGGCUUGCAUAAAUUCAAGAUAGAUCCAAAGACCGGAGUUAUCGAGUCCGUGAGGAAACUUAACGCUGGCGAACAGUACAGCAUCACAGUGCAGGCCACCGACAAAGGUGGCAAGUACUCGCAGACAAUCGUCGAGGUGAAUGUCAUUCCCGGGCCCAACACCAGAAGCCCCGUGUUCCAGCAACCGGUGUACGAGGUGCAAGUCAGCGAGGGGGCCUCCAUCAAUUCCACAGUUGCGACUAUCACUGCCACUGAUCCAGAAAACGAUCCGGUGUCGUACUCGAUAGUAUCGGGAAAUGACUUGCGCCAGUUUGCGAUCGGCGACAAAUCAGGCGUUAUUACCGUUAUAAGGAAGUUGGAUAGGGAGGACUUGACCCGGUAUCAGUUGUUAAUAAAGGCCGAAGAUACCGGUGGUCUCUACAGCACCGCGACGGUCAAUAUCAUGGUUACCGAUAUCAACGACAAGAAUCCCGAAUUCGUAGGUCUUCCUUAUGAAUUUACUGUCAAAGAGAACGAAGCGCGUAAAUUAAUUGGUCGCGUGCAUGCCGAAGAUGCCGACGAAGGUAUAAACGCCGAAAUCACUUAUUUCGUACCUGACGAUAUUCCGUUUACCGUGGAUCCCGAGACUGGUGAUGUCCUGACGAAGAUAGUACUGGAUUACGAGCAGAACGAUGAAUACAAAUUCGUAGUGACUGCAAGGGAUGGAGCUCCCGAUUAUCGUUUGGCAACUGCGACAGUCACGGUGAAAGUCAUAGAUGUCGAGGACGAGGUUCCGGUCUUUCACCAAAGCAGUUACGAGGCACGUGUCAAGGAAAACGUGCCAGAUCAUAAUGUAAUUCAAGUCACGGCCGAUGAUCCGGACACAAAGAAGCAAAUUACGUACAUGAUCAAGCAAGGGGAUACCGAACUCUUCAGCAUAGACCCGAAGACUGGAGUAAUAAAAACUAUCCGCGGUCUCGAUUACGAAAGCCAGAACCAGUACGUACUUAUCAUAGGCACCGAGGAGAAUACCAGCGAUCUACCUGGCUCCACUACCCGCGUUGUUAUUAAUGUUCAGGAUGUGAACGACAUUCCACCGGUAUUUACAUCGGUACCACGUCCGAUUACACUGGACGACGAUGUUCCUAUAGGAACGACAGUAAUUGAUCUUGUUGCUGCAGAUUCUGAUGGAACCGCUCCGGGAAAUCAGGUUCGUUACGAUAUCAUCGGCCGCGGCAUCGCCAGCAAGUAUUUCGUAAUCGAUCCCGACACCGGCGUACUCCGAGUACGAGAUGACUUGCGCAAGGAGACCGACUCCGAAUAUCAGAUCGACGUGCUAGCAUACGAUAUGGGAGAUCCGCCAUUGUCGUCCGAGACCACUGUGACAGUUUACGUACGUCACGUGGCGACGGUUCCGCCGGAGAUCGGUUUGGGUUUCGCGGAGAACUCGUAUAACGUCGAAGUGCCCGAAGACGCGGGCGACAACACGCUAAUAAAGAUAAUCACUAUCAUCAACAGUCACGCGUACAACACCACGCCGCUCAGGUGUGAGAUUUAUAGCGGCAAUGAAGAAGGCCUGUUCGAAGCGAACGUCACGAAAGAGCGAAAUUGCGCGCUGAGACUGAAGAAAGGAGCGCUGGAUUAUGAGACGACAGAAUCUUACCAGAUUAAGAUCAAACUGGAAUCGCUCUCAGGCCUUUUAAACUCAGGCAGAAAUACGACGAUGGUAAAGAUCCAGGUGCUGGAUGUAAAUGAUAACAAGCCCGAGUUUACUUUCCCGGAGGCGAGUCAGAAGCUUACGAGGGGACGUUACUUUGCGGCGAUUCCGCGCACCGCGCAAUUCGCGUCCACCGUCAUACAAGUGAGGGCUGCCGAUAAAGAUAAUGGCAAGUACGGCAAGCUGGAGUACAAAAUCCUGGAAGGGCGAGGUUCCAGUUACUUCGCCAUCGACGGCUCCACCGGUAUAAUCAGGACAACGGCGACGUUCGAUCACGUGGAUGCAUCCGAGCUUCCCUUCAAAUUUGACGUUAGCGUGCGCGACAAUCCUAACUCGGAUGACAACUACAAUUCGAUUAUCGCGCCAGUGAUCGUCAAUCUUAUCGAGGAAGAAAACCUGAUGAUCCUCGUGGUGCAAGAUGCGGCGCCGGACGUAUUGCAAAAAGAAACUGAUAAAAUAGCGAACGUAAUAGAACAGAAGAGCGGCCUGCUGAUCAGAACUGACAGAGUCGCGGUGAGAAAAGUCCUCACGAAGAAUGGCACUAUCGAGACGUUCCCGCAGGACUCCGACGUAUGGUUCUACGCGAUCGACCCGGACACUGAAGCUAUAUUGAACAGAAACAGUACCAAAGUACAAAGAUCUAUCAUGGAUAAAUCAGCUGUGUCAAAUAUCACCUUUGACGUGUCUACGUUAGUGCGAGCAAAUGCCAUCGACAUUCAUGCACCCGUGAUGCCACCCGAGCCAGUACGAACACAAACAGCGGUCGCAUUCAGCGGCGAGGUAUUCCCGUACGCGCUGAUCAUCAUCGCAUGCGUGAUUUUGAUCCUCGGCAUUGCCGGUAUCAUAUACAUAUGCGUCUCCUGGUCCAAGUAUAAAGCGUACAAGGAACGUAUGCAGCGCAUGUAUGUGGUGCCACGAUACGAUCCCGUUUAUGUAGAACCCAAUUUGAAGGAAUACGAGACGCAAGUGCUUCAGAUGAGCGUGCCGGUUGACGACAACGAUAGCUGCAACGAUUUACAAUUGGAUUUCAGCAACAAGAAUCAUGCAUUUAGUCUGGACAAUGUCAGCUACAUCACCAAAGAUCACGGAGACAGUACCGGCCAACAAAGCCCCGUUAGCUCCGAAGCGGCGACCACGGCACGAGCAUCCAGUAUUGUCGGCAAUCACGGCGAUACCAAUAUUCAUUCCCUACGACGGUCCACAUUGGGCCGAAAGAAUCAUAGCGCGAGCAACACGAAUACCCUCAACAAUCGCGACGCGACACCGGUACUUAAUCCCUUGUACAAUCACGGCGGUGAUUUGCUGAGCCCUAGUCCAUCCAACGACAACGUUAUCUUCAGGGAGAGGAAGGAUUACUCGCAUCUCGGAUUCACGUAUUUGGGCGAGCAAAGUCCCGUGGAGACCACGACGGAAUUAUAAGUCUUAUGAUCCGAGAGACGAUGUUUGUCACUUUAAAGACUGCCACCGAAUUAUACGUAUCCGCGAAAAAGAAAGGUUUAUAAGAUAUAAUAUCUUAUAAAUGAUAACUUACAGCAUUCUGUAAUUUUUAUUUUCAUAUAUGUUGUAUACACGAUAAGACGAACAACUGUGAUGAACACAUAACAUUUUUUUCACAUCAAAGUUCAAUCAGUGAUAAGAUUUAAGCGUUAAAAAUUUGAAAUCCCACGCGUAAAAAUCCUAUCAACGAAUAUUGUCUCGCAUUUACGACAUACAUAAAAUCAACAUUCACCUAUCCUUCGCGACAAGCGGAUGUAAUUCUUUGUGCAUUUAAUUUUGACAAAUGCAUGAAAUAUGACGACGAGAGGAAUUCUCGACGCCACGUAGCAUUUUUCUUCUGACGCGUUAAGCAACAUUAAAGAGCCAUACGAAGAGCAUAUGAAAGCUUAUAAAUAGUUGAAUGACUUUGUAUCUAUAUGUUCUUCCUUUCAUAUGUCAUCUUCUGAAUGUGUACCUGCCGUGCUGAUUCAGCGCGCGCAAUGCAGCCGCGGAAUUCCUGGUGGGACACAUAUUCUGAACGAGUUGCUCCGUAUGUGAUAUCCAUAAAAGAGCAGUGUUAUAGCGUUUCAGAUACGACGGCGGAACGAGGCCGUGAAAAUAUCGCACGCGUAAAAGGCGACUGAAAGAGAAGCGCGGAUAUCCUUUAGAGCCAGCCGAUAUUCCGCGCGAUUUAUUUUCAAUCAAGCAUCGCGUUUUCGCGUUGAAGCCGAUAGAGUUUUGCUAACAAAUUGCAAGAUUACGAAUAAUCGCAGCGCCUCGAAUUAAUUAUCGCAAGCCAUUACGCGACUGUAUACAGAUAUUAAAUAGUUGCCGUGCAAUAACUGAGUCUUGAUUAAUUUCAGAAAAUUAAUGUUUUUCAUACUUCACUUGUGUGGACUCUCAUCCGUGAUGCGCAUAAAUGUACAUUUUAAUCAUAGAAAGAGAGAGAGAGAGAAAGAGAGAGAGUGUGUGUGUGUGUGUGAGAGAGAGAGAGAAAAUACCACUGCGAUUCAAGUUGUAGACUUAAGUUUCGAGGACGAAGCUAUACUUGUUAUAUUGUACGAACGGUGUACUUGUGAAUGCAUGUCUCUGUGCGAGUCUCGUCGGCUCGUGCGACCUUGUAAAUGAUCGAUCUCGAUCACGUUGUGUACUAUAUAAUACCUUUUUUUUUAUUUAUACGAUCGCAUGUUUGCUCAUGUCAUUCUAUUGUAAUCACAAUUAACCGAGGCGAUGACGAUAGUGCAUAUAUUGUUUGUACGUGAUCGCAAGGAUACCGAUGAAGCUUCAUGGCAGCUGUUGCGCAUUUCUAUCGCGACUUGUUCGCCUCUUGUUCACACGACCGCACCAGCGGUAAUUAACGACUGCCAUGCGGAGAAUGCGUCAUCGACACCCGUGACCACAUAAAUGGUGGAGAGCGUACUUAAUUAGGCACGCGUAAUUAUCCAUUUCCUCUUGCAGUUUUGAACUACGCUAUUCGACUUUGUGGAUUGAAAGGUCGACAGAUCUGCGGGAAGAAGUUGGGUGAAGCGACAUUGAGAGGAACUGCGUAUAUGAUACGACUUGAUUGAAUGUAUAUCUCUAGUCGUAUACAGCAGGCGUCCACUGCCGUGCAAUUUAUAAGCCGCGUUUUAUACUGAAAGAGAAAAAAAGAUAUCACGUGUAUGUACGUGUUACAAGUGUUCUCCGAUUAUAGCGUUGAUACCUUUACUCGUAGUUGUAUAAUAUUUAAG